UUUUCCCUUUCCUUCCUUCCUUCCUCCCGCACCUUCGCUCCGACUGCAAUCCUCCCUCCCUUCCGGGCAGAGAAAAUAAAAGAGGCGAGGGGGAACAUCGCGCACGGGAUCCGCGGCAGCCAGCCAGGCAGCGCCGUCGCCUCUCCCCGCCGAUCCGUCCCGUCCCGUCCGAUCGGCGUCGGCAUGGCGGACGCGGACUCGGCGGCGGCCUACGCGUCGCCGCUGUCGCCGGCGGCCCCGGAGACGCCGUCCACGCAGAAGCGGAGGCAGCGCGGCCUCGUCUCGCGGGUCUGGAAGGGCAUCUUCGGCCGCCGCGAGGACGUCGAGAAGCUGCUGCAGGCGCUCUCCAAGGAGGAGGACGCCCUCCGCUCCCGCGUCCACCGCCGCGCCCGCGCAUCCCGCAGCUCCGCCCACAACGUCCUCGCCCUCGCAUCCGCGCUCGAGAUUGCGGCUGUUGGAUAUGCGAUUAUGACUACCAGAUCGCCGGACAUCCCCUGGCAGAUGAGGGCAGCCCGGGUGCUGCCCAUGUUCUUGGUUCCUGCUUUGGCUGCUCUCAUCUACUCAGCCAUCACAAGCAUUACGAAAAUACUUGACAAUAGAGACCAACAUACUCUUGAAAAGCUUCGUGCUGAAAGGCAGGCCAAGAUUGACGAGUUGAAGGAGAGAACAAAUUACUACACUACCCAACAACUUAUACAGAGAUAUGAUCUUGAUCCUGCUGCAAAGGCGGCUGCAGCAAGUGUUUUGGCAUCUAAGCUGGGUGCAGAUUCGGGAUUGAGAGUCUUUUUGGGAGAUGAGUCGAACAUGGAUGGAAGCAAAACUAAUGAUCAGCAGGGACAGACUUCUGGUCUGAGGCAAAGAAAACCAGCCCACUCAGGUCAUGGCUCUGGACCGGCCCAUGCCUCUGACCCAUCAGACGGCUCGAGUAUAUAUGACGGUAACGAAAGCCCCACUGCAAAUCGGACUGUCGAGCACUUUAGAGGCCAUGCUGGCAAUGAUGGGGGAUGGCUCGCACGAGUGGCCGCUCUGCUUGUAGGGGAGGAUCCAACACAGUGCUUUGCGCUAAUAUGUGGCAACUGCCAUAUGCAUAAUGGUCUUGCAAGGAAAGAAGACUUUGCAUUCGUUACAUACUACUGUCCUCACUGCAAUGCUCUCAACGGAUCGCGGCAACACGAGGACGGUGAAAUGGUGCCUAACUCUGGCAAGGAGACUCCUACCGAUCGUUCCUAUAGUAACAGCGUCCAAGCCGGCGCCAGCCUUGCGGACUCAGGUGUCAGCAGUCCUGUUGGGAGGAGCUUGCCGACCGUUGAAGAACUGCCUGCAGAAAGUCCUGCUGCGAGUAACCUAACAGUCGCUGAAAAGCCUCAAGCAGAGAGUUCUGCUACUGCAAAUAACAUACCACCAACUGUCGAAGCUCCACCAGACAAUUAUACCGGGGAGAGGGGAAGCAGCGAUCAGCCCGCCAGCUGAACUUUCUUCUUCUGAAAGAAAUAUGUUCCCCAGUUCUUGUUUCCGUGCUAGUUGCAUCGUAAGAUGGCGUACCAGAGCUUUCGACACAGAUUCUUGUGCCUACCACCACCUAGCGUAUAGAUGUGGAUUAUUGGUGUGUUGUGCUUGGAAUGGAUUGUUCCACUUGGUGCUGCUAGGGUGAUGCAUAUGCCCCUUUGCCGGCAUCUCUCCAUUGUAUAGCUUUCUUUCUCUUUUGGGAAGUUGAAUUCUACGCCUUUUGUAAUAUUAUAUCAGUCAGGCAAUAUGUAUAUGCUGGGGUUGGGAUA